AUGGCGUCACAGCUUGGAAUUGCCCGAUCCACUGUCCAAUCGAUUGUCAAGAACGACUUGAAGCUCAAAAGUUACAAACUACGUCGUGGACAGUACCUCUCGGACAAAUCGAAAGCGAUGCGACUCGAAAAAUGCCGAAAAUUACUCCAGCACUUUCAAGUGCGCCGCGUCUCUGACGUUAUCUGGACAGACGAGAAGAUCUUCACUAUUGAACCUCUUCCCAACCGUCAAAACCAGAGACAGUUAUUGUCAAAGGAUGACAGCAUGUCUCCGAAACGUCGUCUUGCCCAUAACCGCCUUUUCCCGAAAAGUGUCAUGGUUUGGGCCGGUAUCACGGCAACCGGUAAAACUCCGUUGGUUUUCAUUGAAAGAAAUGUGAAAAUCAACUCGGAGGUGUACCAAAAGAUUGUGUUGAUGGAUAAUUUGUUACCCUGGGUCACUCAGCACUUUGCUGGUGGUCCAUUUAUCCUUCAACAAGACUGGGCACCGUCCCAUGGCUCGAGAUCGACAUUGGCCGUCUUGGAGGCGCAUUUCCCUGGAUUCCUGGACAAGAACUUGUGGCCUGCUUCCAGCCCGGAUCUCAAUCCGAUGGAUUUCAGCGUUUGGGGCAUGUUGGAAGGGAAGAUCGCGGGAAAAGUUUUUGCUACUGUCGAUGACUUGAAGGCCGCUCUCGAGGUAGCAUGGGCUUCGAUCGACGACGGAUACCUGCGGCGCACUGUCAAUUCGGUGAAGAAACGUUUGAGAGCCUGUGUCAAAGCUCGUGGAUCCAACUUCGAAUUUCUCUUGUAA